AUGAAAGACAUCACCUUUAAGCUCCUUGCCAGCUCAUGGCUUUCCGGUGCCGCCGGCCUCGCAGCAGCCGAGCAAGCCUUCGACCCCUUGAUCUUUGUCGACCCCUUAAUCGGCGCGACCAACGGCGGUAAUGUAUUUCCCGGCGCCUCCCUACCCUACGGCAUGGCCAAGGCCGUCGCCGACACCAACAGCGGCUCCAACCAGGGCGGCUUCGCCCUCGACGGCUCCAACGUUACGGGCUUCUCUACCAUGCACGACUCGGGCACCGGGGGCAGCCCCUCGCUGGGCAAUUUCCCUCUGUUCGCGUACGCGUCCUGCGACGGCUGGGACGUCGACCGCUGCGCCUUCCCCAAGAAGGAGCGCGCGAGGUACGGCGCCUUCGGCAACGGCACCGUCAGGGCGAGCCCGGGCUUCUUCGGGCUCACGCUCAACAGCGGCCUGCGGGCCGAGAUGACGACCAGCAUGCACGCGUCGCUCUUCCGUUUCACCUUCCCGACGACGGGGGUCGACGGCCGGCCCUCGCAGCCGCUCAUCCUGCAGGACCUGACGGACCUGUCCGACUCGCGGCAGGACAACGGCAGCGUGAGCGUGGACGCGGCGACAGGGCGGGUGACGGGCAGCGCGAGGUUCCUGCCCAGCUUCGGCAGCGGCAACUACGUGCUGCACUUCUGCACCGACUUCUCGGGCGCCGACGUGCUGGACAACGGCAUCUUCGCCAACAGCCGGGCCAGCGCGGCCGUCAAGAACCUGACCAUAUCGAGGUCCAUCAACGGCUACCCCCUGCCGGGCGGCGCCUUCACGCGCUUCUCCUCGGGCGCGAGGCCCAUCCUCGCGCGCGUGGCGACGAGCUUCAUCAGCGCCGAGCGGGCGUGCGAGCACGCAGAGUCGGAGAUCCCGGACUUUGACUUUGACCGCGUGCACGCCGCGGCCGUCGACGCCUGGCGCGCCAAGCUGAGCCCCAUCGCCGUCUCGACCGAGGGCGUCGACCAGGGCCUCGUGACCAACUUCUACAGCGGCAUCUACCGCACCAUGAUCAACCCGCAGAACUACACGGGGGAGAACCCGCUCUGGCCGACCGGCGGCGGCGCGGGCGAGCCCUACUUCGACUCGUUCUACUGCCUCUGGGACUCGUUCCGCAGCCAGAUCCCCUUCCUGACGGUGCUCGACCCGGCCGCCGUGGCGCAGAUGGUGCGCAGCCUGAUCGACACCUUCCGGCACACGGGCUGGCUGCCGGACUGCCGCAUGAGCCUGUGCAAGGGCUUCACGCAGGGCGGGUCCAACGCCGACAACGUGCUGGCCGACGCGCUGCUCAAGGGCAUCAAGGACGGGAUCGACUGGGAGGCCGGCUUUGCGGCCGUCGUGAAGGACGCGGAGGAGGAGCCGUACGACUGGUCCAACGAAGGGCGGGGCGGGCUGGACAGCUGGAAGGCGCUGAGUUACAUCCCCGUGCAGGAUUUCGACUACAAGGGGUUCGGGACCAUGACGCGGAGCAUCUCGCGGACGCUCGAGUACAGCUACAACGACUUUUGCAUCUCGCAGAUGGCUGAGAAGCUGGGGAAGAAGGCGGAGAAGGAGAAGUACCUGGAACGCAGCGGCAACUGGGAGAACCUGUACAAGGCGGACCAGGUCUCGCGGUUCUGGAACGGCACCGACACGGGCUUCACGGGGUUCUUCCAGCCGAAGUUUCUGAACGGGACGUGGGCGUACCAAGACCCGCUGAACUGCAGCAACCUCGACAAUUUCAGUGUGUGCAGCUUGCAGAACACGGGGAGGGAGACGUUUGAGAGCAGUAUCUGGGAGUACGGAUUCUUCGUCCCCCACAACCAAGCAGACCUCAUGACCCUCUACGGCGGGCCAGACGCCUUCGUCCGCCGCCUGGACUACCUCCACGACCAGGGGAUCACCUACAUCGGCAACGAGCCGGCCUUCCUGACCGUCUUCCAGUACCACUACGCGGGGCGGCCGGGCCUCUCGGCGCGGCGCUCCCACGCCUACAUCCCGGCCUUCUUCUCGCCCACCCCGGAGGGCCUGCCGGGCAACGACGACAGCGGCGCCAUGGGCAGCUUCGUCGCCUUCGCCAUGAUGGGCCUGUUCCCGAACCCGGGCCAGGACGUCUACCUCGUCACGCCGCCCUUCUUCGCGGCCGUCAACGUGACGAGCCCCCUGACGGGCAGGACGGCGCGCGUCAAGACGGUGGGGUUCGACGGCGGCGCGUACGAGAACAUCUACGUGCAGAGCGCGACGCUGGACGGGGAGCCGUACACGAAGAGCUGGGUGGACCACAGCUUCUUCACCGAGGGCAGGGAGCUGGUGCUCACGCUGGGCCGCAACGAGAGCAGCUGGGGCACGGCGGUCGGGGACCUGCCGCCGAGCGUCGGGAGAUACCCUCUGAACCUGCUUCCACGAGCUGAAACAGCUCGGCAAGCAAUACUUCACCAGACGGUAUGGGAGAGAACCCUAGGUCCCUGCCUUCCCGUCAACCAAGUCCAUGAAUCUGCUCUCGAGACCUGGCUCAGAGUUGACCACGACUCAAAACCACCGUUUCCUCCCUCCGUAGCUGCCGCCUCCGCCAGCUGCCCACCUGAGGCAACAGUUAUGUGCAAUGACUAG